CAUACACCACAACCCACUUACAGCCUAUCCACCAUGGGUAACGAUGGAGGAAGUAUCCCCACGCGCCGCGAGCUCGUCAAGGAAGCGGCGCGCAACCCAUCGGCCAGCGAAAUAAAAGCCGCGCAACAAGAGCAAGAAGAGCAUCUCUGGGCCACGGACCCAAUAAGCAACCAGCCCCUCGAACGGCCCAUAGUAUCAGACUCAUCCGGCAAACUGUACAACAAGAGCACGAUUCUCGAGUUCCUGAUCCCGACAGACGAUCCCGCGGAGGAGGCCAAGAAGGCCGAGACCGAGAAGCGCUUGCAGGGCGCCGUAAAGAGCUUGCGCGAUGUCGUCGAGGUGAAGUUCGAGGUCGACGCGGAAGCGAGGAAGGACGGAAAGGGCGAGACGUUUGUGUGCCCGAUCACAAGCAAGACGUUGGGACCGAGCACGAAGGCCGUCUAUCUCGUUCCUUGCGGGCAUGCUUUUGCGCGCGAGGUGACGAAGAAUGUCGCAGAUGAGAAAUGUCUCCAGUGCAACGAACACUUUGCCCCGAACGACGUUAUCCCGAUUGUCCCGACCUCUGAGGAAGACAUCGCCAGGUUAUCGCUAAGGACGAGGACCCUGAAGGAGAAAGGACUCACGCAUUCCCUCAAGAAAGCGCCUGGCGGCAAGAAGCGGAAGAAGAACGCCGAGGCCGACGGGGAGGAAAAGCCGUCCAAGCAGAAGAACGGCUCAGCCAAAGACUCGUCCGCGCCUGCCGGUGCGGCAAAGACGAGCGACGGCAUCAAGAACUCCGCGACGGCUUCGCUGACCGCCAAGGUCAUGGCCGAGCAGGAGGAACGCAACAAGCGCCGCAAGACGGAGAACAACGACAAUCUCAACAGCUUGUUCUCGUCGAGAGACCCCGCCAAGGUCAGCACGAAGAACAGCGAUUUCAUGCAGCGCGGCUUCACGUUUCCGUCUCAAACCAGUCGUUAGAGAUAUCUUUGCUGGUGUUUACAUGGCAUUGUGUUAUCUUGUAUUUAGGCAAGCUAGCGUUGCAUUUCGAGGCGUUGAGGGUGCAUGAGCUUUUGGUUAGCUACGGAUUUGCUUCAGGGUGUAUACGUGUACAAAGGGAAGGUCUGGGUGGAUACCCUCAGAAUUGAUGAACGAACAAGAUCUGUUUGACUUGCACAUGCUUCUUCUAUUCUCCCUCUGUGCGGCGGCUAUGUCCUGGUAGCAUAGUACAUAUGAGCUGAAAAUAGCAGCAUCAAUAAAUCACUC